AGAGUUUGAGGAGGAUCUGAACGUACUGAUGAAAUACAGAUGGCGUCUCCAUGGACUCAGUGUGUUGCAGCACUUCCAGGCGGAUGCAUGUUUGCAUAUAAAAGCAUCUGGUCACUGCUUUUCUAAGUCACUUGAAGCCACUUCCUAUUUAAACAGCAAGCCAGGAUAUGCUUUUGUUUGGGAUUUAACACACUUCUACACCAGCUUUAAGGAAAUUGGUUGCCAAUCUGUGAUUUUCUUAUAGCUAGUGAUGGCUGAUUUGAUUUGGGUGAUUUACACAGGCUUUGAAGUGCUAAUUGCUGUUGCGUGUUGCCUUGGCAAUGUGUUGGUGGUUUGUGCGGUGUGUGUUGGAAUUCGGGAUUCCCUUCGGGAGCCAACUUUCUGCUUCCUGGUGUCCUUGGCGGUGGCGGACCUUCUAGUGGGUGUGGCUGCUGUGCCCCUUGCUGUGUUGCUGGACGGAUGGGUGAGCCUCAGCCCAAAGCUCUGUUUGCUUCUCAGCUGUGUGGUUCUUGUGCUGACCCAGGCCUCUGUGCUGUCGCUGCUGGCCAUUGCCAUGGACCGAUACCUGAAGCUACACAAAGCUCUGAGAUACAAAGCUAUCGUGACACAGAGGCGCACAUGGUUGUCUGUGUCUGUGUGCUGGAUGCUUUCCUGUCUUCUUGGAUUCACACCUCUUCUUGGAUGGCACAAUCAUCCCUCAACAGACUCCACCAACACAUCUUCCUUCAUCUCUUCACAGUGCACUUUCCUUUCUGUUAUCUCCCUUCCCUUCAUGGUCUACUUCAACUUUCUUGCCUGUGUCAUGGCUCCUCUGUUGAUCAUGACCUUUCUGUACAUUACGAUCUUCUGGAGCCUGCAGAAACGCUUGAAGGACAGCUGUCCCCAAGUGAAGCAGUCUCUGCUAAGAGAGAGGAGGUUAGCCUGGUCCCUGUCUCUGGUUCUCAUUUUGUUUGCAAGCUGCUGGAUUCCUCUGCACCUGAUGAACUGUCUUCUAUUGAUCCAAGGUCCUCAAGCAGUGACACAGGGAACACUCUAUGCAGGCAGGUUACAGUUCCCACCGACACAUUUAGCCAAGCAUUAUUUACAGACAGAUGUGACAGUAACAAACUACUUUUCCCCCCAGGGAUCCUCCUGUCUCAUGCCAACUCGGCAGUCAACCCUGUGGUCUACGCGUAUCGCAUCCCAAGGAUCAAACUGGCUUACGGUCAAAUAUGGAGUCGUCUUUUCGUGAAGCUCGGCUUUUGUUGUGGGAACAAGCAAGUUCAGCAACCAAUAACAAAUAAUCAGAUCAUACACAAAUGAGACUGAGAUAAAGGAUUAAAGGUGUGUGAAGGUU